GUGUCCGACGGUGGCGCUGUUAAAAUUAAAGAAAUGUUUCGCUGAGAGUUUUUUAUUUAUUUAUUAUUAUUAUUUAUUUAUUUGUUUUGUUUUUAACAGCCUCCUCCGGCUGCCGUUCCCACAGGAGCUCAAUGACUGAGUGCUUAAGCCGCUGACGGCCUCUUCCUUCGCCGCUCCUCCUGUUGUCGACCAGCGGGGCCGAGCUGGGGGCAAAUCCGGGGAAAGGGAGCCGCGGCGCCGCGCACCGGCCGACAGACACCCCGCCGCGCCGCGCCACCAACAUGUUGACCCGGGUCAAGUCCGCCGUCGCCGGCUUCAUGGGUGGAAUUAUGGCCGGUGGCGGCUCUGGCGGAGGCGGCACCGCUGGUUCCGAGUUACCGCUGAAGUUCGCCUACAUGAGGCCGGAGUUCCUCGGACUGUCCGCGGAUGAGAUCGAGUGCUCGGCGGAUCACGUCGCUCGGCCCAUCCUCACCCUGAAGGAAACCAGGAGAUUACCGUGGGCCACGGGAUACGCCGAGGUGAUUAACGCUGGUAAGAGCGCACUGAAUGAGGACCAGGCCUGCUGCGAGGUCGUCGUGGUGAGACGGCGGCCGAUGAGCUACUGCCCCACCUCCAUGCCCAACAAGACUCCCACCACCAAGAGGCGCAACUCCCUGCCUAAUGGAGAGGGACUGGGGCUCCGCGUGGAACAAAGCAAGCCAGAAGACAGCGAAGGGCUCGUGUUCCACUACUGGGCCUUGUUCGAUGGCCAUGCUGGUUCGGGCGCCGCCGUCGUCGCGUCUCGACUGCUGCAGCACCACAUUGCAUGCCGACUCCAAGCAGUCAUCGAGAUCCUGCGCAACCUUGCCUCUCUGCCCCCUACCAUCCUGGGGGAGGAGCCAGACAACAACCCUUACUUCCACAGUAACACUGCCGGCCCUCACCGCGCCCUGACGAGAACCGCUUCGCUACGCGGGGCUGUCGGCGCACCGGCCUCCCCGUGCGGCACCCCACCUGCGCCACCGCGGUUCUUCAUCGAGAAGAAGAUCCAGCAUGAGAGCCUGGUGGUGGGAGCCGUAGAGAACGCCUUCAAAGAGAUGGAUGCCCAGAUUGAGCGCGAGCGGCAUCUCUACAACGUCACAGGAGGAUGUACAGCGCUCACUGUGGUUUACCUUCAAGGAAAACUCUACGUGGGGAAUGCAGGCGACAGCAGAGCUAUCGUUAUUAGAAACAGUGAGAUCAUCCCGAUGUCAAAUGAGUUCACGCCUGAAUCAGAACGACAGCGACUCCAGUUCCUGGGUUACAUGCAACCUCACCUGUUAGGAAAUGAGUUCACGCACUUGGAAUUCCCCCGGAGAGUUCAGAGAAAGGAAGUGGGAAAGAAGAUGUUGUACCGAGACUUCACUAUGAAUGGAUGGGCUUAUAAGACCAUUGAGGAUGAAGAUCUGAAGUUUCCGUUAAUAUACGGCGAGGGCAAAAAGGCACGAGUGUUGGCAACAAUCGGUGUCACCCGCGGCCUCGGCGACCAUGACCUCAAAGUUCACGACUCCAACAUCUACAUCAAACCGUUCCUGUCCUGUUGCCCUGAGGUGAAGGUGUAUAACCUGACGCAGUACGAGCACGGGACCGAUGAUGUUCUGGUGAUGGGAACAGAUGGGCUCUGGGAUGUCCUCUCUAACCAGGAGGUAGCCGAAGCUGUCUCCACGUUCUUAGCCAACUGCGACCCCGAUGAUUUGCACAGGUACACGAUGGCGGCACAGGACCUGGUGAUGCGAGCACGCGGCGUGCUGAGGGACCGCGGGUGGAGGAUCACGAAUGAGCGGCUUGGCUCUGGAGAUGACAUCUCCGUCUUCAUCAUACCACUGAUGUACGGCAACCGACAGCCAUGAGGAGCCCAAUAGACGCUCCGGUUUACGAAAUCAACAGGACUGCUGAGGUCAAUCCCCCAAACUCCCAGUUCAGUCCCAUUUCACAUUCCUCUGUGCCCUUUGCACAUCUCUUUAUCCCUCAAAUCAAAGUUUAGACCAUUAUUUGGUGUCAUAGUUGCAUUUGUUGGCGUUUCACAUCUCUCCAGAAGAUCCAGAUAGUCAACCCCCAUAUUUGGCAGCUCAGGGGAACUUCACUUAUUUGUAUUUAUUCUUAAAGUUCACUGAUGGAAGUUUUCCAGAAAUCACCAAAUUUCCAGAUGUGUACCACCAUUCAUACUAGACAUUGUUAUGCCAGUGUUGACUGAAGGAGUGGUGAUUUGUAAGUUAGAACACUGUCUUUCUGUGGGGAAGGUGGUUGAUUUUAAUCCCUGCUGUGAUCGGGGCCUGGUGAAACCUGACUGCUCAUCCAGCAGUAAAAGGACAACUUGACUGGUUCCAGUUGAUGGUGCAAACCAAGCAGCAACACCUGCUCAUGGAAAAUUAGGCGAAUGUGGAAGUGGUAAAUCUUGCAGUUCCUUGAAUGGAAUAACAGACUUAAAGAUGUUUACUGUCUGGGACAAAAACUGGUUUUGGUCUCGCUAGCUAGUUUCCUUGUUCCUGACAAAAAAACUGAGGGUGAUUUUUUUUUUUUUUUUUGUAACUUAGCAGUUUAAGCCAUUUUAAGCCAUAUAGUUUUGAAUAAUUAGGGGUAUGGUCACAGUGAGUGACAGCUAUGUGCCAGAGUCAGGCCCCUGCUAGCAGUGGGUGCUAACUGCUGUGGAUAUGAUCCAGUCAGGUUGAAGGUUUGUCCUUUCUGAGCAUUUUAUUACAGAUGUUUGCGACAAUAUGGCUUUUACUGUGCAGUUAAUUGUACUAAGGAACCAUCAAAGAAGUCAGUGCUCCAGUAUUUGUUUUUAAGUGUUGUUUCAUUAUAUGUUAGCAACAGGUUACAACUAAUAUGCAGGUAUCUUGACGGCAUUAGGUUAGCGGUCACUACAGCAAUAUGCCCGUCAAAUUUUAAUAUUUGUACCCAACGGCCACAUUAAGCAAACACUGGAAAUUAGCUUUGUUUCUUUGGUAAUUGCGAGGUGGGGGCGUGUUCAGGCUUCAUUUGUCCAGUCUAGAUCAUGCCAUUAGUGUGUGUACAGUCUGUGGUACAAAUGUGGCGAGGUAAAGACCUGCCCAUGCUACCUCAUCAUGAUGUGGCCCAGCAUGUGUGCACUUUAUGAUAAUCAGACUCGAGAGUGGGCCUUACGUACCUAACCGGUUGGUGCUAGCAUGAGUGGUCACACUAAUUUCAAGAAAACUUUUCAUUACUGAGUAAAGGGGGAGGGGGGUGUUCUGCCUCCAAUUUUUAUUUAUUUAUUUUUAAGAAGAAAUGUCUCUUUUUCAAAUUCCCGGUGAAAGCAGCCCGACCACACGACCUCAUCUUCUGAAGAGAUGUGAAAGCUGAAACCGAAAGAUUCUCUUCCUAAGGGAAGGACAGUCUGCUUUCAUUCUCUCCUCUUUUCUCUGCUACGCUGUUCUGUACCCCCCCAACACCCCAGUCCCUCUCCUCCUCCAAGCUGUGCAGUCAAGAAGUUGCCUUUUUUUUUUUAUUAUUUAUUUAUUUUUGACAAUAAAAUACCUCCGUCCGGUGACCGUGGGCCAAGCUGACUGGUCAGCUGCACCUGCCGGUCAUUAUAAAGACAGUUUACAGACUGCGGCGGUGACGGCUCGAUUCUUCUCCCACAGCGAGCGCCGCGUCACCCGAGAAGCUUUCGGUUGCUAAGAGCACAUAAGACAACGUGUCACGGCUGAUGUGCAUUUUAGGAAGGACUUCGUCUUUGAGAGAGAACUAAUAGUGAGGAAGCAGAAGAAAAUGUUGGGAUAUUUUUAUUAUUAUUAAUAGUGGUAGUAUAUAGUUACUUACUUAAUGCAACGAAAAAGUUAUUGUGACAAUAAUUACUUUAUCGUUGCAAAACAUGACUGACAACAUACAACAACAUUAAAAGUUCGCUUUUUGACAGGCCUACUCUUGUUAGCAUUCGAGCCUCUGAGUGCAGCACGAUGAAUGGAAGUGGUGGUAGUGAGACCAGAAAGCCAGACUUAUAUCCUUAUUGGUUGCAGCGAUUGGUUAUGAUGUCAUUUUGUGAUGUUUUAGUGACAUCAUCAUGACGUUACAUAGUGUAAUGGUAAAUUAAUUAGGCCCUAUUCCCAGGUCAGGUCUGGAAGCAUAUGCUGCCUUGGGUCCUGGACGGCACCCAUUCCCAUAUACGAUGUAAAAUCAUGGCGGAUCCUCAGGUUACUUUUGGUGAUUUUUGGACUCUUGAUAAGUCAUAAACGGUACGACAGUUUUAGACUGUUUAAAACGGUUGGGGAACUUUUGCAAAUCCGCUUGUCGUCAUACCGUCUUGAAGGCAAUUUUGGCCUUUCUUGGAUAUUUGUGUCAAGUUGGGGCUAAGCCCUGUUUCUGUGUACACGAUGCCUGACCUUGACUGGCAAAUUGUGGCAGGUCCUUGAGAUAGUCUUGGACACUCUUGAUAAGUCGUAAUGGUACACCAGAGGUGCCCAAUUUCGGUCUUCGAGAUCUACCUUCGUGACACUCUUAGUUGUCUCCCUGUUCCAACACACCUGAAUCCAAUGAAAAACUCGUUGGCAGGCUUUUAAUGAGUCUUUCAUUGGAUUCACGUGUGUUGGAACAGGGAGACAACUAAGAGUGUCAGGAAGGUAGAUUUCGAAGACCGAACUUGGGCACCCCCGUGGUACACUAUAUCACCACAACAGUUUUAAAUAGUUUAUAAAUUUCAUGGGACUUCUGCAAAUCCUUGUGCUGCCAUCCUACAGUCUUGCCGCCAUCUUAAAGGUAACCCUGAGUACUCUUGGAUAUUCAUGUCAGGGUGGGUUUUGCCCCAUUCCCAGGUACUACACUACGCAAUUUUGAGGUUUGGAGAAACAUGGUUUGAGUUACAGAGAGCUUUACUUAUUUUGGCCUGUUGGUAAUCAUGUAUUUUCUUCUUAGUUUAUUUAUUGUCUUUCUCUCAUCCAUCGCAGUUGUCAAAGGUGAGUCAAGCACUCAGAGACUCGAUUGGUCACAGUGUUUUAAAAGCGAACUUGUCCUUUUAACAUAUGAAAUUGUUCACGUCUUAAAUUUUAAAAAUGGUGUUUUUAAAAAUCUUGAAUGUGAGAACAAAGCAUUUUACAUCAGUUGCUCUUUGUCAAACAUAAACUUUGCAAGACACCAGAAUAAAUCACAUGGGCAUCCGUGUAUGCGCACUUUUGUCGCUCUGCAGCAUUCGCGGUACAUGAAGACGAAUAUUCCCUGCAGCAGGGAGGUAAAUUUAUAAUGUUAAAAAUGUAUAAUCAAUAUCCAAAUUAAAGUUUCAAGAAAAAAACUGUAAACUUUUACUUUAUCUGAGCUUUAGAUGAGUCGUACAGGUUUGGGAUUGUAAAGUUUGGAUGUACAUGAGCAAAGGUGCAAUGGUUAAAAGUUACUUCUACUUUUUCGAUUGUAUUCCUGUUGUGUGUCGACUGUGUCAUUGCUCGUAAUCGUGCCGUAAUCAUGCGUAUGUAUAUACGGACACUUUUCCUUCAGGUUCAUCCGUAAUAUUAAACCUGGUACGAAGGCUGAAAUUUAGUGAAAUUGGUACGCAGCUGAAAGGGGGGGGGGGGGGGGUGCACUUUUUUUUCCCCUUUAAAUUAUGUUAUUGUGCAGAGAGUAGAAUGAGAAGUGAUGCCUUGUCCUAAAAAAAAAAAAACAAAAAAAAAAAACUUUUUAAUAUUCAUGUUAUGAUGUUCUCUUCCAGUCACUCUUGAUUUAAGAUGUGGGACAAGCAGUGUGGGUGAAAGAAACCCUUUAUUAUUCUUUACUGACAGAAAUCAAUUAAGUUGAUAAUUGGUUGAAUAGAUCUGCUGGUGUCGUUUGUGAUCUGCAGCUGAAUGAUGAAACAUUUAACGAAUCGUAUCACGUGUGCCAUCAGCUGCAUCCAUUUCUUUCUUUUUUGUCCCAACUUGUAGUUUUUAGACUAUGUUCCUUAAUGCAACUAUCAUUUUUACAUUUACCUGAGGUUCCCGUGGUGCAUUUAACUCGCACAUUCCAUGGGGGGGUGUAAGGUUCAAAUCCCUCACUAAAUAUUCUAUAAAGAGGCUGCAGAAAGUAUCCUUUUGAAUACCAAUGAAACAGUUGGUUCAUAAAAGGAUUCGCCGUUUUGAAAUGUUUGAAACGGUAAAUGAAAUGCUAAACUUGAGGAAAUUAAAUGACUAUUUCAGAAAAGUGCAAAACACUAAAAUAAGCAAUUUAAAAAAAAAAAUCACUAUUUUGAAUGGUUUGAAAUUAAAUGGAAAGAAUGAAGUCCUACUCCUGCUAUCAGCUUGGGGAGGGGCAAGAAGCGUGUGUUACCAGCCAGAAAGAUCUUAUUGUUCUGACUGACACAUGUGGGACACGUUUAAGGGACUUUAUCCACACUUCUUUUGGCAAGUUACGGACAUUUGACUCAGUGUUAAGUGUCCAUAGAUUCAAUCAUAGCUUACGCAGAGCACGCGUGUCCGAAAACUGCUCACUUAAGGCUUUGCACCCCGAGGUGUCCACAUGAGCGACUUCCAGAGUAUUUAACACGCAUGUGCCAAACAAUGCAACAACGCUCUGUUGCUUUUAAAAAGGAUUUGUUGUGUUGAAAAGCUCAAAAUGCUCCAUUUCAAAUACUUCAAAUGUAAAUAUGAUUCUGCAUUUCAAAACACUUGGUGAAACAGCUGCUUCAGAAAAUGAUUUUUACAUUUGGACCACUGAACCAACUGCUUCAGAUGAGACAGUAAUGACUGGUGGCUUCUUAUCAACAGUGGGGACCCCCUCACCCCCAGACUAAUUUCCAUUUACGCCUCUGAUUUCAUGAAAAGAAAUAUUUCUUUAUAAUUAAUUGAAAACUCAUUCACGUUUUGCGUGUUUUCCGUCUUUCUAUCAAAUAAGCUAGCCUAAAUGAGUUGUUAAUUUAAUGACUUGUUAUUAAACAGUGUUUGAGUUUUGCUUUUGUGAAACAGAGAUCUCAGAUUUAAAGUAGUAUGUUUAAGGUGAUUCCAAAUAAUGGUGGUGAGUGAGGGGAUUUUUUCUUUCUUUCUUUCCAAAGAAUGUGACAAUUUUUUUUUCUUUCUUCCUGUGUCAUACGACUGCUGCACAGAAACAUCAACUCAGGUUCAACAAUCGCACGUCAAAUAAAACUGGACAAGCAGUCAGUCAUUUUUAAAGGUGGUUUAUUAAUUAUUUAUUUGUUUCUGGAUUAAGUUUCCUCUUUGCUGUAUUUAAUUGUGAAUGCUGUUGUAGUUCUCUGGAUAAUUUUACGGUGGGACACAGAGGGGGUGUUAUUUUGGCGGGGUGAGGCAGGGGGCUUUUUAUGUUUGUAGCAAAGUGCACGUCUGAAAGCAAUCAGAACUGUUUGAAGUGAAUAUUGUGCUGCAGUCAAUCUCUGAAUGUGAAAUGUACAUUUUAUAGGAGAGAAGAAAAUGGAAGGUAUGAAGUUAAUAUAUUUUUAAUGUUUCCAUGUGACUUUCGAAGAAAAAAAAAGUUUACCUUCGUUGUUUAUCUAGAAAUUAAACAAAAAUAAAUAAAUGUUGAUCAAUGUCA